ACCACCGUCGACGUCGGCGCCGCCGACAAUGCCAGCGUCGCGAGCUCGGUCUCGAGGACCAAGUCCGCUAGUAUCUCGUCCAAGAUGCGCCGUCAUGGCGGCAACAUCCCCUCAUUGCCGCAGACAAAACAAUGUCCGCACUGCCCCGCCAAGUACACUCGAUCGACGCAUCUGAACCGCCACCUGAAGACUCAUACUAAGGAGGGUUUGCAUGUUUGCGAGGCGUGUGGCGCUGAGUUCACUCGAAGCGAUCUCCUCUCGCGGCACCGUAAGACGUGUGGUGGGCGUCACCAAGGUACCUCGCGACGCAAGUCAUGUCGGGCCUGUGCCGAGUCGAAGACAAAAUGCGACCUCAAAGAGCCGUGUUCGAGGUGCAGCACCAGGAAUCGGGAAUGUGUCUAUCCGACACCAGCUCGCAAGAACUCCAUUCGACGGUCUCCCGACGAAGAAUCGCAACCGUCUGCAUAUGCCAGAAGAGCUCCUGACUCCAGCCUUGGGGACUACCUGCUUGCACAAGCGUCCUCGGCGCGCACGGAAUCAGACACCCAUAGCUCGGCGCUUUUAACGCCACCCGCGACAGAGUACACGGGCACGAUAUGGAGCUCCGAAGUCGCCAGCGUCAGUCAGGCAUCUGCGCCCUCAGGUGCCCCCCACGGCGUUCACUACCAAGGCAAUAUGUUCGACGACUUCUUCACGAACGUCUUCGCUUCGAAUGGUCAGACGCCCGUUGCAGGACCCCAUGAAUUCCACGACCCCAACUCGCUGCAAGACAUGGCCUUCUGGCAAGCCCACCAAGGCAGCCCAGACUCGACCUUGUACGCCGGCCCUAGCCCACCAUCGUCACCGGACAAUCCACAGGAGCUCGAGCACUAUGAAUAUCUCUUCCUCACGGAGUUCGUGCCUCAGAUGCCCAUCGUGCACGCCCCAACCUUCACACUGGACGGCAAGCCAUCGAUCCUGGUGGACGCCGUUCAUGCGUGUGGUGCUCUCUAUGUCAACACCAAGAAGGCGACGGAGUUCGUCAAGAGGACUCUGGCAUCCACAAGGGAGCGGUUACCUCAGGAAAUCACCAAAAAUCCUGCCAACUGCAUGGAACUGCUGGAUAUCGUCACGGCGACCUGCCUUCUCCAGACCAUCGGCCUCUUCCAUGAACGCUCGGAUGAGCGCGCCAUAUCAAACAUGUACCAUGGCAUGUUGAUUAUGAUGAUCCGUCGAUGUGGCUACAUCCGGAAGUGUACGGAAUGGACACCAUUAACGCCCGACUGUGAAGAGGGCGUAGAUGUAUCAUGGAAGGAGUGGGCAUUGCACGAACAAGCGAAACGUGCCCUCCUCCUUUCAUACUUGCAUGACACAUGUCACCGGAUAUACUUUGCCUUGCCGACGUCGUUCCGCACCUCGGAGUUGACCAUGGGUCUUCCAUGCGAGGAGAGCUUGUGGAGCGCUCGUACUGCUGAAGAGUGGCGAGAUUUGCUCUACACCUCGUCACCAUACGGAUCCGUGUCCCAGCGGAUGAUCGGGUAUUCCAUGCCCGAUGCCCUGAAACUCAUUCGGGAAACACGACCCAUUGAGGCUCCCCUCGCUCUCACCCCGAUGGGCCAUUUCGUUCUCAUACACGCCAUCCUGAGCGAUCUCUACGCUAUCUGCACUCCCAUCGAGAGCCAGGUGCCCGCACCCGCCCCAUUGCAUCCAGACGAUCGGCCCAUCCAGUACGGCUACGAAUUCCAGUAUGCGCUGCAUAACUGGCUGCAGACGUGGCUCACGUCUCCGGAGACGCCGCAGCACCAAGCGGGUUAUGAACCAGUCUUCAUCGCCAACUGCCUGCCCUUCUAUUGGCUCGGCCAGAUCACGCUGAUGGCUUACCAGGAGCACAUGCCGCCGUUCCAGCAGGACUCGAUCAGCGGGACGAACGUCGACGCGCGGUUCCGGCUCGUGAAGCAGUGGGUCGGACACAUCCGCGACUUUUUAAAGAACAAGCAGAAUGCCGUGCAGCCGACGAUGUUCUGGGACGAGAUGAUGAAGAUCAGGCUGGACAGCUGGCAGAUCGAGAUGGAGGCCGGGAAACCGGAAGACAAAGAAGGAUUGCUCGGUUUCUUCCCCAUGCUGGGCGAGGACGACUGGAACAACCCAAGAUGAUUACGUCGCCUGACAGUCCGGGGGAAAGCAGCAAAAAACGGUGUGCUGUCCCUGAGGCAGACAGCCUUUUAUACCGCCUCGCCUUCGACACGCCGUCUCGGGAUAAGGGUGGGUUCGGAGUGGGUUCGACCCUGUCUCGCUUGGCUUCUAUUGGAAUUGUACGUUUCUUUUCUUGUGUUUUUGGAGACCCACACGCCGCCCCGCGACGCGCACGCGCGGUGGUGUGAAAUGCAUCUCAUGAUCAUCUUGCCUGGAACGAUACUGAGACUCGGCGACCCUCGCCAAACCUUCAUGUAGUAUAUACGCUAUGUCAACUGCUCUCGCUUUCUAUCUUUUCCUGUAUAGACACGCUUUGCUGAUUGCAAUCCAUAUGCAAACC